AGGUGGUUGAGUUUUUCGGUUAUAUCCUGUUAAAAAUGGAAUUUAUAUUCAAGAAGGAGCGACGCUCCUUCGGAGCCCGCGUGAACUUCGAGGACAAGGAUGCGGUGGUGUUCAGCGAAAACUCCAAUCCGGAGCUGGUGAAGAACUACAUCCUGCAGAACCCCGUGGACCGGGUGACGCAAUACGCCGGACAGACCUCGCUGAGUGUGGCCAACACGGAGAGGGCCACGUACAAGAGCACGGGGAUCACACACAAUGAGGGCGGCUGGCCCAAGGACAUCAACAUGCACGAUCCGGAGCAGACGGUGCGAUACAAGCGGAAGAUCGAGAAGGACGAGAAUUACAUCACACAGGUGAUGAACCUGACCAGACCGAUGGAGCACUACAUCCACCAGAACAACGCGGUCAACAUCUAUGAGAACUACUUCGAGAAUCUCGAUCCCGCUCCGCUGCCCGAACCCUGCAAGUCGCGCACGGUCAAUGUCUACCGCGAUCCCAAUCCCAUCAAGGUGCCGGUGAAGCAUCUGUCCUGGUCCCCGGACGGUGGCAUCAAGAUGGCCGUCAGCCACUGCGACAUGCGGUUCCAGGGCGACAAGUCCAACCAGAAGUGCAACUCGUACAUCUGGGAGGUGGAGAACCCCAACGAGCCAUUUGUCACCCUGGAACCGAAGGUGCCGUGCGUCUGCCUGGAGUACAACCAGAAGGAUCCGACCAGCCUGGUCAGUGGCAUGUACAAUGGCCAGGUGGCCGCCUGGGACACGCGACAUGGCAAGCAUCCAGUGAUGAUCAGCGAACGGGAGGUGUGCCAUCGGGAUCCGGUCAACUCGGUGCUGUGGAACAACUCGAAGAGUGGAACGGAGUUCUUCUCCGGCGGCUCCGAUGGUCAGGUGCUGUGGUGGGACACCCGCAAGCUCACCGAGCCGCUGGACCGCCUGCUCAUGGAUCCGGUGAAGAGUGACGAUCAGGAUCUGUCGCGAUCCUACGGCAUAUCGGUGCUGGAGUAUGAGACUACUAUACCCACAAGGUUCAUGGCCGGCACGGAGAUGGGCAUGCUCUUCUCCUGCAACCGGAAGGGCAAGACGCCCACGGAGAAGAUUCAGAUACGGAUGAUGUGCCACCUGGGCCCGGUGUAUGCCAUCACCCGGAAUCCGGCCUUUGUGAAGAACUUCCUCACCGUGGGCGACUGGUGUGCCCGCAUUUGGUCGGAGGAUUGUCGGGAGAGCUCCAUCAUCUGGACCAAGAGUAGCAGCUCUAUGCUGACCGACGGCGCCUGGAGCUACACCAAGGUCUCCCAGUUCUUCAUCACCCGCAUGGAUGGGGUCAUGGACACGUGGGAUCUGCUCCAGCAGCAGAACGAACCGGUCCUCACGGUGAAAGUGUGCGAUGAGCCACUCUAUUGUGUCCGGACAAACGAGAACGGCAAGUUCGUGAGCUGUGGCAGCCAGUUGGGGGCCACCUUCCUCAUCGAGGUCUCCGACAACAUGGUGAUGUCGGCCAAGAACGACAAGCCACUGCUAACUGCUAUGUUCGAGCGGGAGAACCGUCGCGAGAAGAUCCUGGAGGCCAAGUCCCGGGAGAGCAAGCUGAAGGUGAAGGCCAACCAUGGCCAGGAUCAGGGGGACACCAUGAUGCUCAACGGCAAGGUCAACAUGGCUCCGUUCGAGGGAGCCUGCGAACAGGCCGCCGCGGAAUAUUUUGCGGCCGUGGAACAGGAACGCCAAAGGCGACUGCCCGGCGGAAAGCGUAGAGGAUGCGGAGGAGGCUGAUGUGUCCGAGGCUGAGAGCUCAAAGCUUUAAAUCUCCCAAGGAAUUGCAGCAAUACCCUGAUAAAUGUAAU